AUGAGGGGGUUCCAGUCCAUGAGAUGGUUUCGUUUUCCCUGGUUGAGGAGAGAGACCGCACAGACUGAGACCAGCCCACUCAUACCAAAGGUACAGGAACUGUCUGUCUGUCUGACAACCUGUAUACUGUUAGUUAUAUACUCACUGUACAUCGUACUGAAUAGAGUUUACAGACCUUUCAACAUUGCAAGCAUAGAAAAACAAUCUAGAAAGGACUUGCAACUUUUAACCCUGUCCAUUUGACUGGUAAACUCACGGGUACACUCGCAAUGGCUACCAUUCACCCAUUAUGCCGUUCUUUACUUAAAUGGGGGGACCUGUUCUAUAGAUUAUAUUUAUAUGGUUGAGAGUAGGCUAAACCUAAAAACAAUGACCACUAUAGACUGAACUUGAUAAGUUGUUUUGGUCUCAGGGAAACCUAAUUGUGUAUUGUCCAUCCUGUAUUGCUCUCUGAAGACAGACACAGAUAGAGAGUUGUCAGGAGUCCUUCAAGGGAGUGAGGACAGCAGCACAGAAGAACAGGCUCCAGAACCAGGACCAAAUGAUGGACCAGAGAACCAGGGUAGAACCAGGGAGGUAGAACCCAGAGCCCAUAGCAGGCCCUUCUCCCUGAGUGACUGCCUUCUCAAGUACCUCCUGUUCUUCAGCAACCUCCUCUUCACGAUGCUAGGCCUGUUGGUCCUGGCCCUGGGUCUGUGGGACCUCAUCAACAAGGAAUCCUUAGCUCAGGAGAAAAUAGGACAGAUCAGCACCGACCCCAUGCUGGUGUUUGUGAUGCUGGGCUUGGUGCUGUCUACCCUCUGCCUGUCAGGCUGUGUGGGGGCUCUGUGAGAGAACUGCUGCCUGCUCCAGGUCUUCUCAGCCACGGUGCUGGUCCUAGUAGUAGCCCAGGUCCUAGCGGCCAUCUUGGCCUACAGCCUGCAGAGACAGAUAGAGGGAUACCUGAGGUCAGGUAUGCUGGCUGCCAUGGUGCGCUACCAGGAUGACCUGGACCUGAGGUUCAUCAAAGAUGAGAUCCAGAUAGGACUGCAGUGCUGCGGGGCUGACAACUACAGAGACUGGGAGGUCAACAUGUGAGUGAGAUGUGACUGACCAGACCACUGACAUGAUGACUUGUGAUGACAUGGUUCAUUGACUGACACACAGCCUUGUGAACUGAUGUCUGUCAAUGGGGGUUGUUAUGGUUUCAUCAUUUUGAUCAUUUUGAUAGUUUGAUCGUUUGAUCGUUUUAAAAUAUAUAUUUAUCUCAGAGAAUAACCUGUAUGAAUAAAGAUGAAAUAAAAUAUAAAUCUGUCAAAGAUGUUACAUAACUAGGGUUAUUGCUUUUAUGUCACGUAACAUUAUCCAAGCAGCCAAUUUGAUUGGUUACAGUCCUUGACUUCUCCCCUCCCAUGUCCUCUCCCUCCCAGGUACUAUAACUGCUCUGCCCCGGGGGUGCUGUCCUGUGGGGUCCCUGCUAGCUGCUGUGUGGACCCCCUGGAGAACGGCACGGUGUGGAACUCCCAGUGUGGUGUAGGAGCCCAGCAGCUGGAUGAGUUCUCUGCCCAGAGCGUCAUCUUCCUGGGCGGCUGUCUGGGGGGCAUGUCCCGCUGGAUAGAGCAGCACACAAAGCUGAUAGGAGCCGUGGGUAUCGUCCUACUGGGGGUUCAGAUCAUCACUCUGUUCAUCACCACACGACUGAUGGAUAACAUCCAGUGGAGUCAGUAA